UCCCCCUCCCACUGGAGGCCAUCCCUUCCUUCCCUCCGGUUCCCGGGAACCUGGCUUGGGCGGCCGUGCCUAGGCACCGAGUCUCGGGCGCAGGGUCACGCGAGGAGUCCGAGCGCCCGGGGCAGGACGCGACCCGCCGCAGUCGAAGCGGAGCCGCCUCCGUCCACCUGACGGCGUGGGGUCCCUAGAUAGUGAAAUUCCUAAGAAGAAAGCAAUGAACUGCAUGGUGGUUGUUCUUUAAGUGUUUGGACUCAAAAGUGUACAAGUUUGUUGCCAAGGCCAAAGACGAUGGCCACCCCUUACGUCCCAGUACCGAUGCCAAUAGGAAACUCCGCAUCCAGCUUUACAAACAACAGAAAUCAGAGGAGCUCUUCUUUUGGCAGUGUGUCAACAAGCUCAAACUCUUCCAAAGGCCAGUUGGAAGACUCAAACGUGGGCAGUUUUAAGCAGACGAGCGUCCAGGAUCAGGUGGACGGUACCUCAUCAGUCUGUGGCAGUCCUCUCAUCAGGACUAAAUUUACAGGGACGGAUUCAUCCAUUGAAUAUUCUACUAGACCGAGAGACACUGAAGAACAGUAUCCUGAUGCAGUGAAUUGGGAAGACAGGCCUUCGACACCUACAAUUCUAGGUUAUGAGGUUAUGGAAGAGCGGGCCAAGUUUACCGUAUAUAAAAUCCUAGUAAAGAAAAGCCCAGAAGAAACCUGGGUGGUUUUCAGAAGAUACACUGACUUCUCCAGGCUUAAUGACAAAUUAAAAGAGAUGUUUCCAGGUUUUCGAUUAGCGCUUCCUCCAAAACGCUGGUUUAAAGAUAAUUACAACGCGGACUUUCUAGAAGAUAGACAAUUAGGAUUACAAGCAUUUCUUCAAAACUUAGUAGCUCACAAGGACAUUGCUAACUGCCUUGCAGUGAGAGAAUUUCUUUGUCUGGAUGAUCCACCAGGUCCAUUUGAUAGCCUAGAAGAAAGCAGGGCUUUCUGUGAGACUUUAGAAGAAACUAACUACCAUUUACAGAGAGAACUGCUAGAGAAGCAAAAAGAGGUGGAAUCCCUAAAGAAACUCCUCGGGGAAAAGCAGCUUCACAUAGAUGCAUUAGAGACCAGAAUCAGAACAUUGUCCUUAGAACCUGGAGCACCACUGUAUGUGUCAAGAGCAGAAGGUGGACAGAUCCUAAGGGUGGAGUCCUCUGUACGUCAGGUCAAUCGGGAUGUCUUGGAUGAAGAAUCUAGAGCUGAUCAUAAGCCACGCUUCAACUCUAGAGAAGCCGGAAGUGUGAGAGCAGACAUAGAAGUAGCACAGUUGGCAUAUAAUGCUGAAGAUGACUAACACACUGGUGACUGCUCCCUCCACUUUGUCAUCUCAGCAGACUGCAGCACAGGAGCAGAUGCCACCCUAAUAAACUGAAACAGAAGAGAACAAGAGUGCACGUGUAUAAAGUUUACAUAAAGUUUUUUUUUUUUUAAGUUAUUGGAAUAGGAACUAUAUUCACUGCUGCUUUCGAUGUCUUUUAUCCAGCAUUGUAUUUACUACAUUGAAAAAAACAAAACAGUUAGAAUUGUUAUCAGGGCCCAUUUUCUUAAAUACUUUACAUAAAUUAUUACAGUGUGUUGCCUGUAGAUUGCUCCAGACUACUGUGUUUGUGUGUGUGUGCAUAUAUGUGUGCUUGCUUGUCUUAAAUCACCACUUAUAUCAGGUGAAAAUUAAUUGCAUGUUAAAAUCUGGGUAGUGUCUCUAUCUCAGACAUAAUAUAGGUUUAAAUCAGUGAACACCACAGCAAAGAUAAAUAAAAAUCCAGUUUGAAAUGUUAAUAUGUCUAUCAUCUCUAGAGAAAAAUUGCUUAUUUGAAAUGUUAAUGCUAUUUAAAAGAAGAUGGCUUUCUAGAACCAAAGAUAAUGUGUUUUGAAGAGCUAUAAUUAGAUAAGCAAAGUGAUAAAAUAGCCUUGAUUCAAAUGAUGAUUAAUUGAUGUCAAGAUACUUACUGUAAGUGUCCUGGUUUAUUAAUAUGUUAUAGUUGGAUAUUUUCUGCAUAAUCUUCAACUCAAUUUUCUACCCAUAAAUUUACUGGGGUCUGCCUCAUUCAGAACACUACCUCUUUUUGCUAAUCAAGGCAUAUUCUUUUCAAAAUAAAUUACAGUUUUGAGGCAAGUAGUUAUAGAAAAAAAAUAAAUAACCAUAUAUACUGCAAAGUUGCCAAGUAGCUUGACUCCUGGUGUUCCAUAUGUAUUUCUAUGUAUGUGAAGAUGUUAUGCUGUACUAUGGCUGAUUUUGUUUAUAUGUAUUUAGUCAACUGAUGCACUUUAUGAUAAUUAAACUUAUUUGUGCCAAGUUCAA